CUACGGAUUAAGCCACUAUCCACGGCUCCAUACAGCGGGAACAGGCGAUCAAUUGUGGAAAUUUCGGGUUGUUUGAUACACAAUGACGGAGGAAGAAAUAGGAUGGAAAGACACUAAUUUGGCCCUGUUUGGUUCUGACCUUGAAAAGCAAGUCAAAAAGGAAGCUGCUUAUGGAGAGCCAUCCUGGGAGCCAGUUCUUCGUCAAACAGAGCCACGGCUUUUUGUCUGGCGUAUCCAAAAUUUUCGACCCACCCCGGUCAACGAAAACGAUUAUGGUCAGUUUUUCAACGGAGACUCCUAUAUAGUCCUGAGCAUCACAAAACGCAAUGAUAAGUUGGAGUACAAUAUUCAUUUCUGGAUCGGACAACACAGUAGUAUCGACGAAUACGGUACAGCUGCCUAUAAGACUGUGGAAUUGGACACGCUUCUUAAUGGGGCAGCGGUUCAGCAUCGUGAGGUCGAGAACUUUGAGUCAAAGCUUUUCAAGUCUUAUUUCCCAAGUAUCCGUAUCCUGAAUGGCGGAUAUGAGAGCGGCUUCCGCCAUGUCACACCAAAUGAAUACCAGCCUCGGCUUCUUCAUUUCUGUCUGCAAGAGAAAGAGAAGCUGGUCGUUAUGAAGGAAGUUCCUUUGUCCGCCAGUUCCCUCAAUUCGGGUGAUGUUAUCCUGAAUGGCGGAUAUGAGAGCGGCUUCCGCCAUGUCACACCAAAUGAAUACCAGCCUCGGCUUCUUCAUUUCUGUCUGCAAGAGAAAGAGAAGCUGGUCGUUAUGAAGGAAGUUCCUUUGUCCGCCAGUUCCCUCAAUUCGGGUGAUGUGUUUAUUUCGGAUUUAGGUUCCACCGCCUAUCAAUGGAACGGGAAGCAUAGCAACAAAGAAGAACGAUAUUGUGCAGCUCAGUUCCUUCAAGUGUUGGAAAGCGAACGACUUGGAAGAUGCAAGACCUACGUGUUGGACGAGGCUUCGACUGAGGACAAUGAUGAAUUUCUGAGGAUACUUCCUGAUGUACCAGUGAAAAAGAACAAAACGGACUAUGAGAUGACUACACGUAUGUAUAGGAUACUUCCUGAUGUACCAGUGAAAAAGAACAAAACGGACUAUGAGAUGACUACACGUAUGUAUAGAUUGAGCGACGAUUCUGGAGAACUUCGUUUCCAGUUGAUUUCGGGCAAUGGUGCACCGAAAAAGAUGGUCGCAGAAGAUGAUGUUUACUUCAUUGAUACCGGAGGCGAGCUGUUCGUCUACAUUGGUGGAAAAUGCUCGAUUCGGGAGAAACAGAAUGCCAUAUCUUAUGCUCACAGUUAUCUACAACAAACAACGCAUCCACUGAUCCCAGUGACGGUGCUGACCGCCGGUCAGCAUUGCAAAACCUUGGAGGAUGCGUGGGACAAGGAUAGAACCAAACACUAUUUGGAGAUCCCAGCAGCAAGCUAACCAGCCUGUUUUCCAGCUCUGAGUUUCCAUUAUGCCAACUUUCCUAACCCACAUGAACUGUGUCUGUGUGUGUGUGUAAACGUUGGUCACUUACUUGACUCGAACACUGUUUCCCUAUGGUUUUCUCUUAUUAAAUAAUGAAAUGCAACA